AUGUCGGGUCCCUGCUUCAUCGUUCCCCCUCACCUGCUUCGCGGCAUUGCCGAGUCGGAACAUAAUUCGGAGGCCACGCGUAAUGGCGCCAAGGCAUCCCUCGCCUCUUAUGAACGCGUUGUCAAGGCGUACCAUGAGCGCCUCACUGCCCUCGCAGCUAGACCCGCAGCAGGCAACCCUCGGCACGCGCGGAUCAUCCCUGAGGCCAUCCUGGCCCAUCUGUCUCUGACCGAACGUCCCGACCCCGACAAAAAGGACGAGGCAGACACCCGAAAAGUGCCACGUCGCUCCAUCUUUGAUGCCAAGCACGUCGAGGCCGAGACUGACCUUCCUGGUGAGCUUGUUCGUUCUGAGGGCGAAGGCAAGGGGAAGGACAAGGCUGUCAAUGAGGCUUACGACAAUGUUGGCCACGUUCUCGACUUCUAUAAGGACGAGUUUCAUUGGAAAUCCAUCGACAACAAUGACGCCGACGUCGUCAGCUCCGUUCAUUUCGGUCAAGGCUAUCAGAAUGCCUUCUGGGACCCUGAGAAGCUGCAGAUGGUCUUUGGAGAUGGCGGCGAGUACUUGGGCAACUUCACUGGCUGUAUCGAUGUCAUCGGACACGAGAUAACACACGCUGUCACAGAGCAUACCAGCCCCCUCAACUACGAGGACCAGCCAGGUGCCCUGAAUGAGCACAUCUCCGACGUUUUUGGCAUCAUGAUCAAGCAGAAGCUGGAGAACGACAAUGUCCACGAAGCUAACUGGCUGAUUGGCGAGGGAUGCCUCAUGCCCGACGUCAAGGGCGUAGCUCUGCGCAGCAUGAAAAGCCCGGGCAAGGCCUACGACGACCCACGAUUGGGCAAGGACCCUCAGGUCGACAACAUGAACAAGUAUGAGAGGUCGUACGAGGACAAUGGCGGAGUGCACGUUUACUCGGGCAUACCCAAUAAGGCAUUCUACCUCGCGGCAGUGGCCUUUGGUGGCUACUCUUGGGAGAAGGCAGGCCAGAUUUGGUGGAAGGCGAUGAAUCGCGGCCGUGUCCCUUUCAAGUGCAACUUCAAGCAGUUUGCUAACGUGACCAUCUCCGUGGCCAGAGAUGACUUUGACGACGAGGCGGCCGAGACAGUGCGCAAGGCGUGGACCGAAGUUGGUGUGAUUGGGACCGCUUAG